GGACCUGCUGGGGGCAGGACCCGGGGAGCAAGAUGGCCACGGUCAUCCCCGGCCCCCUGAGCCUAGGCGAGGACUUCUACCGCGAGGCCAUCGAGCACUGCCGCAGCUACAACGCGCGCCUGUGCGCCGAGCGCAGCCUGCGCCUGCCCUUCCUUGACUCGCAGACCGGCGUGGCCCAGAACAACUGCUACAUCUGGAUGGAGAAGACCCACCGCGGCCCGGGUUUGGCCCCCGGACAGAUCUAUACGUACCCGGCCCGCUGUUGGAGAAAGAAACGGAGGCUCAACAUCCUGGAAGACCCCAGACUCCGGCCCUGCGAGUACAAGAUCGACUGUGAAGCACCGCUGAAGAAGGAGGGUGGCCUCCCCGAAGGGCCAGUCCUUGAGGCUCUCCUGUGUGCCGAGACAGGGGAGAAGAAGAUAGAGCUGAAGGAGGAGGAGACUAUUAUGGACUGCCAGAAACAGCAACUACUGGAGUUUCCGCAUGAUCUUGAAGUGGAAGACCCAGAGGAUGACAUGCCCAGGAGGAAGAACAGGGCCAAAGGAAAGGCAUACGGCAUCGGGGGGCUCCGGAAACGCCAGGACACCGCUUCCCUGGAGGACCGAGACAAGCCGUAUGUCUGUGAUAUCUGUGGGAAACGGUAUAAGAACCGGCCAGGGCUCAGCUACCACUACACCCACACCCACCUGGCUGAGGAGGAGGGGGAGGAGAACGCCGAACGCCACGCCCUGCCCUUCCACCGGAAAAACAACCAUAAACAGUUUUACAAAGAAUUGGCCUGGGUCCCUGAGUCACAGAGGAAACACACAGCCAAGAAGGCGCCUGACGGCACUGUCAUCCCCAACGGCUACUGCGACUUCUGCCUGGGGGGCUCCAAGAAGACAGGGUGUCCUGAGGACCUCAUCUCCUGUGCUGACUGUGGGCGAUCAGGACACCCCUCGUGUUUACAGUUCACGGUGAACAUGACGGCGGCCGUGCGCACCUACCGCUGGCAGUGCAUCGAGUGCAAGUCCUGCAGCCUGUGUGGCACCUCGGAGAACGACGGUGCCAGCUGGGCGGGUCUCACCCCCCAGGACCAGCUGCUGUUUUGUGACGACUGCGAUCGGGGUUACCACAUGUACUGCCUGAGUCCCCCCAUGGCGGAGCCCCCGGAAGGGAGCUGGAGUUGUCACCUCUGUCUUCGGCACCUGAAAGAGAAGGCGUCUGCCUACAUCACCCUCACCUAGGCCUGGCUCUGGCUCGCCCGGAUCUCUGGGGUGAUGCCUGCCUACCUGCCUCUCCUCUUGGAGCUCCUCCACUCUCUCCCCAUCCUUAACGCCCCACAGUGGGAGGGGCGGGGGGAGCCAGAGAGGGGGCCGGGCCACCCCCUCCCCUCUGAGCAAGUGGAAUGUUUGCCCUGUGGGUUGGUGGGCCCAGCAGGGUCCUCUCCCUUCCUCCCUCCUUCCUCACCCCCUUGGCAAAUGGGUACCAGGGCCUUCUGCUCCCCUCAAAGCCAUACCCC